AACUAGUCACAUAUCAAGAACCCACCCUUGUGUCCUUAUUUGCGUUUUCACACCAAGAAAAUAAUUAUUCUAGCUCAGAAUAAAGAUUCAACAGAUGGGCUUCUUCUAAUUCUAAUUUUAAAGAAGCCACCUUUUUCUUUCUUUGUGAUAAACAAUUGAGAGAGAGAGAGAGGGAGAGGGGGAGAGAGAGAGAGAGAGAGAGAGAGAGAUUGGAAAAGUUGGUAUUUGUGGAGAGAGAGAUGAAAAGGGUAGAGCAUGGUGGGGGAGAGCCAGCAGAAAAGCAAGAAAAUUUAGGGGAAAAGUUGAGAAAAGAAGCACUAGUGGUAGGGAAAAGAGGGGGGCAUACUACUCCAGUAUUACCCUCUUGGAGACUACUACAGUUUUCAGCUAAUACAGCUGAUGUUGCUGGUGGUGAUGCUGGGUAUAAUUAUAGUUUAGCUAGGAAUUUUCCUCCUGUUUCUGCUAGAAAACUUGCAGCUACUCUGUGGGAACUUGAGCACUACAAUUUCCCUCUUUCUAAAAUGCAUCAGGGUGUUGGAGGUGGGAAUUCGAGACUGCGGCGACACCGGCAUCAGCAGCAGCAUGAUCCUUCUCCUAGCUCACCUGAUCAGCCAGAAAGUGCAACUAGUUUGAGGCGGCAUGUUGCUGCAUCACUAAUGCAACAUCAUCGGUCAGUACAGAGGAACAGUCGUGCUAUACAACCCGUUUUACCAGCAAGUUAUGAGAGUUCCAUGGAGGUGACACCAUACAAUCCUGCUGUUACACCUACCAGUUCUGUAGACCUUAAUGGAGGUAUGGGUGAGACAAGCUAUAGCCUCAAAACAUCAACGGAGCUACUAAAAGUGCUGAAUAGAAUAUGGAGCCUGGAAGAGCAGCAUGCAACUAAUAUAGCACUAGUAAAAGCAUUGAAAAAAGAGCUAGACCAUGCUCGUGGCAAGAUUAAAGAAUUGGUUCGAGUUCAACAAGCAGAUCGGCAUGAGAUGGAUGUAUUGAUGAAGCAAAUUGCGGAAGAUAAACUGGAUAGGAAGAGCAAGGAACAUGAUCGGGUCAAUGCUGCAAUUCAGUCUGUCAGGGAUGAAUUAGAAGAUGAAAGGAAGUUAAGAAGACGAUCAGAGAGUCUUCAUAGAAAGUUAGCGAAGGAUCUCUAUGAAGUCAAGUCAUCUCUAUCUAACGCCUUAAAAGAUUUGGAUAGAGAAAGAAAAUCACGGAUGCUGUUAGAAGAUCUUUGUGAUGAAUUUGCUUUGGGCAUAAGAGAUUAUGAACAAGAAGUGCAUGUUCUGAAACAGAAGUCUGAGAAGAAUUGGGUUGAAAGGGCUGAUCGUGAUAGGUCAAUUCUCCAUAUUUCUGAAUCGUGGCUUGAUGAAAGAAUUCAGAUGAAACAAGAAUCUCAAUCUGGUAUAGGAGAAAAGAAGUCCAUUGCGGACAAAUUUACAGCUGAAAUUGAAGCUUAUCUUCAAAGUAAACAUAACAGUAAUCACAAGAUAAAUCAGACUGUGGCUCCAAAUGACCGCAAUUUGCGGCGGAGUUCUCUUGAAUCCAUGCCCUUGAAUGUAGCAGUUAGUGCUCCUCAGGAUGAUGGUGAGGAUGAUGAUUCCGCGGGAAGUGAAUCACACUGUUUUGAGCUAGACAAACCAAGCACUGUUAACUUGAAAACAGAAGAUCUGAAAGUUGAUUAUAUUGAUCCAAACUUAGACGCUCUUCACUCUAAGAACAAACUGGAGUCUCAGGAUAGAAAUAAAGGCCGUCAUCCAUCUAAUUUGCAGGUGAAGUUUGAAGAACAGAUGGCUCGGGCCAUAUCACGGAAUGGAAUAAGAAGUCAAGCUAAUGAUAAAGAAUCUGGUGAAAUUGAAGAUGAAUUUCCAGUUGAAGUGAACACAUCAAAAAAGUAUGAAAUACAUGCAGCCACAGAAAGAGUGAAUGAACAAAACAAUCACGCUGAAGGGCAUCAUGAAUCUAGCUCCAACUACGUUGAUAAUGUGGUCAGAAGCCACUAUUUGUUAUCUGAAAAUGGGAAUGUGCAACCUGAUGACAGGUUACCUCCUGGUAACAGCAAUGGUUGGAGGACUCGUGCUAGUCCAAUAAGACAAUGGACAUCAAAUCUUCCUCCGCGAGAACUUGAAGUAUCAGAGUCAUCAUCAAAGCUUCCGUCUGAUUCUAAGGAGAAUACUCUUAAAGAAAAACUGCUUGAAGCAAGGGCAAAAGGUCAGCGAUCACGCUCACGUUUAAAAGGCUCAAAUUUCCUAUUCAGGCUUUAGUAAAGGCUGAGAUUCAAGUUUCGCAAGUUGCUAUCAGGCUUACCUGAGUCUUUAAAUCCUUAUAUCAAGAUUUUGGAUCUGUACUUUCUGUAAAUGUUACUUGAAGUAACUUGAAUUUUAAUAUUUCAGUAGUAUAGAAGUAUCAUCUUCAUAUUACAAUAAACUUUGAAGUUAUAAUCUUUAUAAAUGUGAUAAGUUUAAUAUA